UAGAUUUCCCUUUUUCGUUUAUCCUUUUAAAUUUGGUGUGCUCCGUGUAUAGUAGGAGUGGUUCUGCUGUUCAACUUAACUAAUGACCGAUUGACGGUUGCACACUAAAUUUAUACCAGAUUUGCUGGCAAUAGUUGUCAAACAUUUAUCUGUUUUUGUUUUGAUCCUGUAUUCUUGAAGUAAUUCUGAAUUUGGAUAAUGAUUGCGGCUCGUUAUGGAGGAUCACUUUCACAUCCUCAGUUCGGAUUGUGCAAUUCAAGAAUUUUCUGCUCAUCGGAACCGGGCGUCACGUUAAGGCGGCGAGUACUGAAAGAAGUGGACAAGGAGCUGAGCAGAGGAGAUGAGAGAGCUGCACUGUCGCUCGUCAAAGAAUUGCAAGGAAAACCUGGCGGCCUUAGGUGUUUCGGCGCCGGACGGCAGAUACCCCAACGACUGUAUUCCUUGGACGAAUUGAAAUUGAAUGGAAUAGAAACCGUGUCUCUUUUAUCACCAGUUGACUCCACACUGGGCUCUAUUGAAAGAAUCUUGCAGGCAGCAGCUAUAUCUGGCUGGAUUGCAGCCUGGAAUAUACUCCACUUAAAUCCUCAACAGAUUCUCUUCAUCUCUUUGGGACUGAUGUUUUUAUGGACAUUUGAUUCGUCCCAAGCAUGUCUUUCCAGGCUUUGCCAUACUCUAGUCUUUGUCAUGUGUUCUGCAUAGGUCUCCUUUAAUGGAGGGCUCAGUGCAUUGGUUCUCGACACUAUUGGUCACACCCUCAGCCAAAAAUACCAUAACAGGGUUACUCAGCAUGAAGCAGGGCAUUUCUUGAUCGCCUAUUUGCUAGGAGUCCUUCCUAAGGGUUAUACACUGACAAGUUUGGAAGCUUUCAGUAAGGAAGGAUCACUGAAUGUUCAAGCUGGGACCGCAUUUGUGGACUUUGAGUUCAUCGAGGAGGUCAACAAAGGACAAGUGUCAGCUACAAUGCUGAACAGGUUUUCUUGCAUUGCUCUAGCAGGUGUAGCAACAGAGUAUCUUCUUUUUGGAUGUGCUGAGGGAGGACUUGCAGAUAUUAACCAGUUAGACAUGCUACUUCGCGGCCUGGGGUUUACACAGAAAAAAACUGAUUCUCAGGUGAGAUGGGCUGUACUGAAUACCAUACUCAUUUUGCGCCGACAUGACAAUGCUCUAGCAAAGCUCGCAGAGGUAAUGUCAGAAGGAAGAUCAGUAGGCUCUUGCAUUGACAUUAUAGAAGAAAACAUAAGUGAUGAUGGCUGGUAACUCUUCUUACGGGAAACACGCUAAUAAUCUGUCGACUAUACAUGUUCUUCGACUUGCUUGCCUGUAUUCUCAUAUCAUCUAUCAGAUCAAUUCUCCAGCUUCUUGUCUCUAUAUUAUUCAUGUAUAUAGAGUAUGUUUCAUGCAUGUAAGGGUUAGGUGUAAUGUAGUCAUGUAGAUGACAAGCACCUGUUUCAUUCCAAAGUGAAGGCCACUGUUUGAAUCUCAUCUCGAUCAAAAAUUGACUUUGCUAUUGAAUAGAUGCUAUAAAUAGGUUAGAG